CCCACAGGUUUUGAAUUGCCUCCGCUCCCCCCCGCUCAAGAUCGCUUUUGGUUUGCUCCCGUUGCCACGGCAACCUAGACCAGCGAUACAGUUUGAAUUGCAACUCCUCGACAGAACGACACGGUCCGAACCGGGACCAGGGCACGACACGGCACGACACGACACGACAGGACCGGAGAAACCCAUUCAAACUCUACCAGGCAUGUACAAGGUGGACGUCCCUCUGGAUGCAGAGCUGAGGGAAGCUGCUGCUGUGGAGAGGCGCAGGAACCAGGAGCUUCAGAGACAGAGCCGGGUGUUCAACCCGCGGGUCAGAACCAUGGGGCUGGACACCGACAGCCUGGGCCAGCAGGUCCAGCAGCGCCGGCAGCGAGAGGAGAGCGAGAGGCACAGGGAGCGGGCCUACGACGCUCAGCGGGUGCUGGAGGACCAGGCUGUGCUGCAGUUUGAAGCCGCGGAGGCUGAGCGGAGGAGGGAGCUGGAGAGGGGGGUGCAGAGGUACAGGGAGACCCUGCAGAGACCCCAGGACAGCCGGGAUCGAGACCUGAGCGACCCGCGGGCCCAGCACAGCGAGCCACCGGCCCGGAGCAGCGACUCGGACCCACGAUGCGGACCCGCCUCCCUGCAGAGAUUCCAGGGGGAAGACCUGAACGCACCUGAGAGAAAGAAAGCAAUGAAAGAGGAGAGCGAGAGAGCGCUGAGGAGACAGAGAGAGGAGAGAGAGAGGGAGAGAGACGCACAGAGAUACGCAGACAACGUCUCUGACUUGAAGAGAGUGGAGCUGGACCUGAGAGCUGUGCACCUGUCUGAGCUGGAGGAGCAGUGCAAGAGAGCAAUCGACAUGGCGGUGAAGGACUGCAACAAAGCACAGGCAGAGGAAGUCGCUCAGCGCAGGCGGAUGGACAGAGCGAGGGAGGAGGAGGAGAACCUAUCGGAGGUGUGGAACAGCGUGACCUCUGACCUGCUGACCGAGAACCCCGCUGCCUCCGAGGGGGCGGGGCAGAGAGUGCUGACCGACAGGUGGAGGGGCAUGACCCCCGAGCAGCACAGCGCCAUCCUGAGGGAGCGAGAGGAACAGCUGGCUGAGAGAGAGCGGCUGGACUCCGAAGCGAGGCAGCGGGAGGAGGAGUGGGAGAGGCAGAGGCUGCUGGCAGCGAGAGCCGGGAUAGAGCUGGAGAUGAGAGAGAGGGAUAGAGAGAGGGAGCUGAGGAGAGAACUGGACAGAUACAACCUGCAGCUCGCCAGAGAACAGAGAGAGCACCAGGACUUCCUUGUGAAGGAGCUGUACACCAACCCCCCCACUGCGCAGUACUUCACCCAGUUCAACACCACCAGCCGCUGAACUGGGAUCCCAGCACAGACCAGUCUCCCACUGGGAGAGAGACGAGCGACACAGACACACACACACGCCGUCUCAACCCUUGACAACCCUCUGUGAUACGAGCUAAAGGGGGGGGGGGGCACUGUGAUUGCAAUAAGAGGUGCAAGUGAAUGAAUGAAUAAAUAAAUACAUU